AUGGCCAUCAUUUCAGCCACCAGGCGCCCCCGGCCCGAUGAUGACGGCACCGGCGACGGGGCCGGCGCACCCAACGCCGGCGGGCCCAUGUCGCACCUGGCCAGGCAUGGGCGCCCGGCCAAGCGCCAUGCCGGCCCCGACCGGACCACCGUCUGCCCGAACCUCUCGCCCUCGCUGAAAGCUUGUCGUCGGCCAGGGCACGCGCUGCAGGGCGAGCCCCCCCUCGCUCCUGGAGACACCCCCUCCUCCGAGCUCUUGCUUCUGAGUGACAGCGAGUGCCAACUAGACGAGGAAGGCCCCCGCGGGCUGCUCUUUGCAUCGACGUCCCUGGCCACACUCCGGUCACCUGCGCCGCAGGGCCCGCUGUCGGAGCCGCCACCCCUGGUUGCCGCGCCGCCGCCGCCGCCGCCGCCAUCGUCGUCGUCGUCGCAGCAGCAGCAGCAGCAGCAGCAGCAGCAGCAGCAGCAGCAGCAGCAGCAGCAGCAGCAGCAGCAGCAGCAGCAGCAGCAGCAGCAACAGCCACACUCCUCCUCGGGUCCGAUCCAAAGCCACAUCCCCACCGGUCCCCAAACGCCCCCGUUGGCGGCGACGGACACGGCCAUGACGCCUCGGCGCCCUGGGCCCGGGUCGCCGGUCGGCUCCUGCCCCGAGACCCCUGGCAUGGUGAUCCACUACCCGGCGUCUCUGCACCCGAUGGCCGCCACCCCACCGCCCCCGACCCCGCCGUCCAGCUUCUCCCUGCUCCAAGCCCUGCCCACCGAGAUCAUGGACCAGGUCCUGAGCCACAUUUCCUGCGCGGCCACCAUCGCCGCGCUGGCCACCACCAGUCGACGCAUGGCCUUCAUGGCGACUCGCUGGCCAGGCUUCAAGUACAUCCAGCUGAAGGGCCACAUCUGUCCCGAUCGGAUAUACUACUUCCUGCGCAAGCAGCCGGAGCUGCUGAGCAUCUGCGUGUCACGGCCACGCGACUCCCCCCGACGCCCGGUGGAAUCGGUCUUGACGCCGGUGCCGCUGGUUUGCCGCGGCCUGCGUGUGCUCCAGCUCCACUCGGCCAAGCUCCCGGCCGAGACGUGGGCCUUCCUGAGCAGCUGCCAGUUCCCGGACCUUAUUUUUUCAAAUCUCCCCCGGCUGCAGAAGCUCCUCCUGAAUGACAUCACCGACAUCCAGCCCAGCGACAUCCUCCCCCUGGUGACCGGAGCCCGGGGUCUGCCCCCGCCCCCGCUGGCCCUCCUCAGCAUCCGCCGGUCUCGGCCACUCAUCCUCCCGUCGGCCCUGCCGGUGCUGACUCGCCUGCGAUCUCUGCGCGUGCCGGCGCGCCGGUCCUCGGCCAUCCGGGUGCUGCCCCUUCGAGAGGACCGAGGCGAUCCCAAGCCCCAGGCCCCCGACGGACUGGACCUGCUCCAGUCACCCUUCGACAUUGACCCAUCGAUAUUGCUGGUGCUUGAGUGA